AUGGUGGAUACCAGCGAACAUAAUAUCAAAAAUAUAUAUAGUAAUCUACAUGGCUAUCCAAUACGUGUUUAUAUAUUCGAUUCAGUGUUUUCGGAAGUACAGGCGAAACAAGAUACAUCCAUAGUGACCAAAGUUGAAGGAGUAGAUGCCAAAGUAGCGUAUUUAUUGGAAAAGCUUUACAAUUUCAGCAUGCAACUUCAGUGGCCAGAUGAUGAUUUCUUUGGAGCUCGCUUAGAAAACGGUUCAUACAAUGGCGCCUUAGGUCGCCUGAUACGUAAUGAAACCGAUAUUGCGAUGUCUGGAUUUUUCGUCAAAGACUACCUAACACGAGAUGUACAUUUUUCGGUACCAGUCUAUAUGGACAAACUAUGCUGCUAUGUAAUAAAAUCGAAACGUAUACCGCAAUCAAUUUUACCCCUUUAUGCUGUUGAUGAAAGUAUUUGGCUCGUUUAUAUGUCUGUGGGAUUGUUAUCGUCUUUUGUAUGGAUGCUACUUAGGCGUUUAAAUCUUUGCAUAGGCAGAUGUGAUAACAAACGAGUAACUUUUAAAACAACCCUUUCCUCAUCCUCAUCAUUACGUUUCCAAUAUUUAAAUAUUUUCAAAGACACUUGGGUAUUGUGGUUCCGAAUGAUAAUAGUGCGCUUUCCACCCUAUAACGCCGAACGAAUAUUUGCCAUUUCUUUGUGCUUAGUGAGUGUUAUUAUAGGUGCCCUUUUGGAGUCAAGUUUGGCCACCGUUUACAUCCGACCUCGUUAUUACAAGGAUAUCAAUACUUUGGAGGAAUUAGAAAAUGCCAAUUUAAAAAUAUUUAUUAAACAUGCGGCCAUGCGGGAUGAUUUAUUUCGAGGUCAAAACACACGAUUAUACAACAGUUUGGAUGAACGUGUAAUGUUAGUGGGUGAGCCGGAAGAACGUUUAAUUAGCAUAAUGUCAAAGCGUGGCGGAUUUGUAGCUGUUACCCGAGAGUUUUCUCUACUUAUUGCGGAUAUUUAUUACUUUAUUACGAAGAAAAUUCACAUAAUACCCGAGUGUCCAAAGACGUAUCACAUUGCGUAUUUAUAUACAAAAAAUUCUCCUUAUGAAGAAACCUUUAAUGUGGCUUUAUUGCAGUUUUUAGCCGCGGGCUUAAUAGAACAGUGGAUUGAUGAAAGCCGACAUGAAGCCCUAUGUCAAAUACAUAACUUUGAUGACUACAUAGCUGAAAGCAGUUACCAAUGGAAAGCUUUUCAAAUAAAUGACCUACAAUUGGCCUUUUAUGUUUUGAUCUUCGGAAAUAUUUGUGCAGCUUUAUUGUUUUUUGCUGAAUAUAUUGUUUAUAAGAAGUUUUUUAAAAAAAUAAAUAUAAUUCGUCGGUAA